AAAGAUUAACUGAACAACCGACAUCGUCCAAAACGGUGGAGAUCAGAAAGGAAAAUUGGAGAGCGAAAAUGGGAGCGUCGAGUUCGACUGAGCAGAAGGUAUCGAGUGAACAACGAGAGUUGGAAUCCAUAGCAGCUUCUACGGGAGCUCUUCCUAUGCUGAAGAAAGCUUUUUCCAAGCUUGCAGAUCCUCAAUCUAAUGCACUUCCUCUCAAUGCUCUCCAGCAAUGUUUCCACAUAAAUUAUAAAAGCCCAGUAUGUGAAGCACCCACCAAGAUGCCCAGUUCAUUUCCUUUGUUAUUGGAAAAUCUGGGUUCAUCCAUCGUUGACCUCUUUCUUGUUACCCAAAAAGGGGGACUAAAUUGGGUUGAGUUUGUGAGAGGUUAUAAUAAGUGCUGUGGAAGAAUGUCAGCAUCAAUGUCAUUUAAUACAUUGUUCAGACUGUAUGCUGCAACAGUGACAAAAGCAGGUCUUCCUUUGAAGAUGGAGUUUGAAUCUGAUGAUGUUGAUUGUAAGAUAAGCGGUUCGCUUUUGGCCAACGAUGUUACUAUGCUUCUUUGGAUGUGUUGGACUAUGUUGUGGGAUUAUAGAACUUUGAGAAAUUCGAAAGCAAAAGGAAAAGAAAAUCUUUGUCUCCCGGAUGUUAGUCAUCUUGUAUUAUCAGCAGUCACAUCAUGUGCUGAAGUUGCCAGUGACUUGAAUGCGUGGGAUUGUGAUGUCUCAGUCUUGGAAGUUGAACUUCCCAUGGGAAAGUUUCUUACAUGGGCCUUUAAAGCAAUGCCGAGCCUCCCAGAUUGCUUUACACAAUUUGUCCAUGCAAGACUUCAAAACGUUCUCAUUUCAGAGGAUGAAUCGACAUCUUCGAGUUCAUCACUAGGAAAUAUGUCCUCAACGAAGUCAUGCAAUUCUAAUCUUUUAACCUGUGGAAGGGCAUGGGCAAUUUCCCUCACAUUGAGAAGUGCCAUAAGUGAAGAGAUCUUGCAAUUAUGCUUUCCAAGCGAUGGUGAUGGAAUGGAUGGAAAACUUCUUUAUCAGUCAUCCCUUCACGGGAGAGGCUUAAAUAGAUUCUGGUCUAAUAUUGGAGGAUACAAAGGUCCAUUGCUAAUGUUGGUGUCUGCAAGUAAAGAAGAUGCUCAUGGGGGUAGCACCAAUGUUAAAAAAUGGAUCAUUGGUGCACUUACAGAGAAUGGUUUUGAAAAUAAGGAUCUGUUCUAUGGAAGCUCAGGAAGUCUAUAUGCUAUAAGUCCUGUCUUCCAUGUGUUUCCGUCUGCUGGGAAAGAAAAGAACUUUGUGUAUAGCCACUUGCAUCCUACUGGUAAAGUAUAUGAACGACAACAUAAGCCUGUCGGAAUUGCAUUUGGAGGAACUAUGGGAAAUGAGAGAGUCUUUGUCGAUGAAGAUUUUGCUAGAGUUACUAUUCGCCAUCAUGCCACUGACAAAACUUACCAACCUGGUUCCCUCUUCCCAGAUCAGGGGUUCCUACCUGUUGAAGCUUUGAUUUCGGAAAUUGAAGUUUGGGGAUUAGGUGGGAAAGCAGCUAAGGAAGUGCAGAGUUCAUACAAGAAGAGAGAGGAGCUUUUCACAGUGCAAAGACGAAAGGUUGACUUGAAAACAUUUGGAAGUUGGGAUGAAUCGCCUGAAAAGAUGAUGAUGGACAUGAUCUCUGAUCCCAACGCAGUUCGGCGAGAAGAUCGUUAAGACUGUAUAGAUUUAAGAUAGUACAAAUGCAUAUUAUACUUUUGCUGCUCAGAUGUAGUAGUAUUUAGAAAGUGUAAAUUAUGCAAAUGACUCUUUGAGAGUCUUGUUAGGCUGGGAAGUUGCUGUAAAGAAAACUACAGAGGCGUAAAAGUGACCAAAAAUUUGAAGCUUUUCUACA